AUGAAAGAAGUCAGGACUCCGAUAUUCAAUAAUGUGGGGUUUCGUACUGCGGGACGAAUCGAGAAGGCUGCGCGAAAGGCUGAAAAUACGCACUGGCAUGGCCCGUGCAUAUAUCGGGUAAAGUACGGCAAUUCACCUACGGGUACUGCAGCCAUUCGCGCAGUUCUCGAGCGCGUCGCCCAAAGGUCGAGAGAUAUUGCAAAGUCGCAGCUCAGAUACAAGACCUUGGACGUCGAGCUCCCAUGCCCCGAGUCACGGCAUAACACCACUGUUGGCUUCCUCAGCUUGGGAGCAAUGGUACCAUCACCACAGUCAAGCUAUUUUCCCUCGUUGGACAAAUGUCUCAAUGGGGACGAAAUUGUUAUUUCAUGGAAGGCCGUCUUCUCUGCCAUUGAAAGCACCAAGCGAGGCGCACAAGAUGAACAAUCCGUUGUCGAAAGCUUCUUAUCGAAUUCUACGGUACGAGAAUUACUAGCCAAGCCGUUCGAUCGUUCUACUGCGACGGCUCAAUCGAAAUCGGUCUUCGAGACUAAGACCUCAGCAAUCAACAUUACCCCUUCUUCUGACGCCCGGUACGAUAUCAAGGAAGUGAAAGCGGACGCACUGUGGCUUAGUGAUUCUGCAAAGAUUGAUGAGGUUUCGGCAUUGAGAAUUGUGGUUCAAGAAUGUCAGGCGCGGACAACAGCAAAACUGCUUGGGCGUUUCUCGGAAGCCGAACUUGCUAGUAUUCGGGAAUCUGCAGGAGACAGCAAGUUCACAAGUCCCGUUACAGCUUCUUUAUUGUCUCGUGGCGCGGAUAUAACAGUGAUUAAGACAGAGUUUGCGACAGAAGAUAACAGGCGCCAACGGAUACUCUUACUAUAUCUUUCCGAAAGACGCUAUUUUCUCGAAUGUCUUAACAGAUUGGUGCAGGCUGCCUACAUCAAGAAGUGCUUAGAUCUAGAGACUCAGAAGCGAACUACAGCGCCUACUGCCGACAACUGGUUGCAAAGAAAUGGUAGGGUGUUUGUGACAUCUGACAUUAAAAACACCGAACAAUUUCGAUUACGAUGUAUUCAGGCUAUUCGGAAUAAUGUAGAGUCUAUUGGAAAUGGCAGUGGGUGGUACAGCGGAGAGCGGCAAGAAUUGGAAGUGGAAUGGAUCCGUACACACCUCACAGAAGCAACGCACACGAUGGAAACAUUGUUCUAUCUGAUCUAUUUUGAUGAUGAGUUUCCUACCUCUGAAUCAAUCUUGAGAUGGUUCGAAUUACUACGGGACUGUGGAUUCUUUGAUCAGUUCACUAUGGAAGACCCAUCGCUUCAGUCUCUUGUCAUUCCCCUACAGACUGCUUCAAUGACGGCGUCUCUAGCUCUAUUGAGCUUAGGGGGCACCCUAGGAUACCUUCACGAUGCCAAUUCGACCGCGGCGAUUUCACCUACUGCUGAGCCUGGUGCGCCUUUUGUACUGAAUACCAAGACGCUUGAAACUCUUCACGAAAUCAUGAUGCAUGCAGCAGACGAAGGCUUCAUCACCGCCGGGCCUCCAAUUCUUGCUUGGGUUACUAUCCUGAAGGUCCUCAAUACUAGAAUUAGUGCCAGAACCACCCAGAUUGAAGAUCGGGAUAAUCUAGGCAGAUUUGACCCACGUGUGUCUACUGAUUCAGAGACCGCAAUCUUACCCGACCCCUACCAAGGUAUGAUGGAGACAAUCAUGGAUAGUCUGGACGAUGAUGACCCUAUUGAUUUUCUUGCUCGGAGAGCUGUCAAUCAAAGCCACGUCUUGGAGACACUGAAUGCGAUGGCUCUUCGCCUGGGCAACACUGCAGAGGCCUUUUUCGCAGAUGAAACCGGUUCAAUCAUGCGGUCUGUCAUCCUUGAUCUCCUAGGUAGUAGCAAUGACGGAUUAGGCUAUAUUCCGGAGGUUGUUGAGGCUCUCUUGUCUACGCUCCUGGGCGGCCAAAAUUACUGGGACUUUGUAAAUUCAAAGUCGCAAUUCAAAGCAUUUGAUCCUGUUGCGAACUUUAUUGACAAUAACGAAUGGAUCAAUAUCUUCUUCCAGACAGCUGUAUCUAGAUAUCCUUUUGAACCUCAGCCGUUUCUCCGCAUGAUUCAUGCUGUUGCGUCCUGUACAUCAACCUACGCUGGCAACGAUCCCAAAUCUGCUGUGGGCUGGCUCGAAGCAAUUCCUUUCUUUACCUACCAAUUGCCGGAGGACUUUAUCGACUACGAAACUACGCAAGAAGAGGACAAUAAUAAUAAUGUCCGCCUCAAGACACCGGUACAUCUUUUUACACCACGGUCGAACGGACUUUAUCAAAAAGUUAAAUCAAGGUCACAAGCAUUGACAUUGGUUGACAAAGACUUUUGUAUUCCAGCGGGGACCUAUGGACGCAUCAUAUCGGAUUCGGUGCCAAAAGUAGUCUUUUGGUUUCACCAGUACUCUGGAUUGAAGUACUUCGGAAAACUUUUAGAAACAUUCUUGACAGCAAGCGAUUUAGUAGAUGCCACGACGGGAUCUCCGGUGGAUCGAGAUUCUGUAGUCGAAAUCAUUGACAUAUUCGCAACCAUCCUCCAGGGAUACUCGAAAGGUAGCGCUAGCAAUAGAAGCGCACAAGAAGAUGCUCAACUGGUGUUAGAGCUCGCAAGCUCCGGCCUCAAUCGAAAUCGCGAUAUCAUAACCGUUGUCUUUGAUAUAUUUGAGGAAGAAUUACACCGCCAAUCUACCACUUCUGGCUCAGAAGUGCCAUUGGGUAUACUCGUUAGCUGCAUCCAUUUCAUCCAUGCACUCGUUGCAAUUUGCCCGGGGCGCGUCUGGCCUCAUCUUGCUCAAAGCAGUCUUCUUGGCGUCAAUCGAGGUGGGGGUAGGCUGUCAAUCAUUGUCGAGGGCGUGGAGCUAAUUCUGGGCCGUUACGACUUUCUAUUUGCUUGUACCAAGCUGUACGAGGCUUUGAUAGAGGACGUGGUUGCUAAUGCGAUCAGGAGGAGAAGCGAAUCAGACUCGCCAGCUCGGUUCGCCAAAGGAAGUGAUGUGGGCGCUGGGAUUGCCGACCAAGUAAUAUCGAAAGUCCUUCUUCAUUUCGCACGAUAUUCGGCCGACGUUUUGGAGAGUUCUUUCAGUUGGAAGUUUAUCAGUCAGAAUGACAGACGGCGAUUGUGUAAAGCCAUCGCGACUAUUUUCGACAAGAUCCUUCGGUAUGUUUACGGCAUAGAAAAUAACCCGAAACUAGAGAAACCCGACGCUGUCGAAUUGCCAUCGAAGAUCCGACAAAAUGAGCACAAGAUGAUAGCAGAACCAACAUCUAAACUCACUGGUGUCUUAAUUCCAUCUGCAGUGCAGAUUGUGGAAUGCUUUCUGUCUACGUCUUCCAGCUCCCUGAGAUUCCAACCAAUCUUGGUGGCGUUUUUGGAUGGUCUUGAGACACCCGACCUGACGAUAUUGCUGAAUGAAUCGGAGUUGUGGACUACGCAAGUAGCAUCCGUCUUUUCAUUUUCGAGCACAUUAUUGCGAGUCAGCAAUUUGCUUGGAAGGCCCCCAACCGAGCUUGCGCAUCAAAUGUUCAAAGCUGCCCCAUUGAUUGCUCGGCUCUACGCUGUUAACGACUUUUACAAAAUACAUGUGGUAGCAUUGUUUGAAGCCCUCAUCGUCACCGCCAACAAUGUCGCGGAGCCUCCUUCCCUGCUUGGCCAUCUCGGGCCUCACACCGCCAAGAACUUUCUUGAAGCUGUGUCAGAAUUAGAUAAACCUUUAAUACGACCAGAAAAUGUCCUUGCAAUAUGGCGUUUCCUAUCUAUGGUGGUGAGCAACAAGCAACAAUGGUUUGGCAACUAUCUGCUCACGGGCAAGACUCCACGAGAAGCGCUGGGGAAAGAAUCAAACGCGAAGGAUAGUUCGCCAUUAGACAAGUCUUUAUUGACCACAGCACUAGAACGGCUUUCGAACAUACGCGAACUAUCGAAGAUUGAGGCGACGGCGAUGUUAGACUUUGUCUCGUAUUCACAAAACUUCUAUUCCUGGACCGUGUAUGCAUCGCCUAAGCACGCCGAAUUCAUCUCAUCAAUGACUGAAUAUGUUGGCACACUUCGCCCACUACAAACCUCAACUAAUGUCGAUAAUCAAAUUGAAACAUGUUUUCAAACCAAGAUCCUUGCGACAAUCGCAGAAAUUCUGGCCAUGCAUAUGUUCCACGCUAGGCAGAUGCGAAGUCCUUCAGAUAUUCCAGACAUGAUUAGAAACUUACAUUUAUAUUGGAAAUCUGGAGUUUCCGUUCCUAGUUUGAACUCCUCCAUCCACUUUCAGUUGAAGCAGAACUUCGAGGCCAGGUAUCCGAAGUGCACUCUCCAAGACCUCAAAAGAACCACUUUAGAGGAUCGUCAGCUUGGGAGACAGUACUUUUAUGACGUUUCUUUAGCCGACAAGAUGUUGCAAACAAAUCAAUCUUGGACUGGUGUAAAAGGCAAUGAUGGUCAUCGAGCUAGUCUGGAGAUUGUGAACGUCAACCUAUCUCUUGUCGACGCACAAAUAGCUCUUUUCCACAGCUGGAAAGUUCUCGCCAUUGAAUUGACCAGCAGCCUCGACGGAAACGUCAAUUUACAAGAAGCACUGAUCAAAGUAUCCCUCGAUUGCCUAACGGCGAACUCACAGAGCCAACAUUCUGAAGAAAUCUUUGCAAGACUAUGUGCCCAGCGCGCUGAUCUUGCUCUCAUCAUUACUCAGCGCUUAAUCGAAGCGAAAUGUCAUUUGGGUCAGAUGAAACAGUUACUGGCUAAAACUUGGGACACUAUUCGCAACUUUAGAGGCACCUUCGACAGAGAACUGCUCGAAGAUGAUACACCUUAUUAUAGAUCACUGUUAAGACUAUUGUUCAUCGCUACACGAGCGCAUACAGUUAGCGCAACGCACAUCCAGCCGGAAGAUUCAAAUGUCUCCAAGAAGAUCGCCGAGGCAAGUCCAGUAGCUUCGGUUGUUCUUGAUAUCAUCAAAUACGUGGUGGCGAUGGGGCUUCGUGAGUUAGCCACUAAGAUUCACGAGAACGCCUUGGGAUCUUCACCUGAGGAUAUCGCUUUGAUCACUGGUAUCCUAAACUCUUGCCUUCACAUACCUGGGAUCGAGUUAUAUCAACCACAGAUUGUGUCGAUUAUCAUCACUAAUGACACCGCUCGCGUAGCCACAACUUUGUUCUCGUGGGCUGACGGAAUAGCCAUUGACGGCGACCCCAUUUACGGCGAACUUAGUAUACUUUUUCUCCUCGAACUUUCUAGCAUGCCGCUCAUGGCCGAACAGCUUGCAAUCGACGGUGUUCUUGGCCAAAUCGCUUCCGCAAACAUUACAUCAUAUCUUCGACGGGGAAAUGUCAGUCCAUUCGCGGAGGGCACUGGUCUCCAACGCUGCUACAGUAUUUGGUGUCGUGGUAUCCUCCCAUUUCUCCUCAACCUUCUCGAUUCGGUACAGGUCUCUAUUGCGGCGGAAGUGGCCAUGUUUCUCAAUCAAUUUUUGCCUCUUCUUAAACAGUGCUCAAAGGCUUUCGAAGCACCUGAAUCAUCUCGAACCGCUUCAAAGGCACAAACGCGCUUCAUAUCCCUUAGCAUGUGCUCAGAAGUACAUUCCCUUGCGCUGUUGAGUUUUAUCAUAUCUGGGUUCAGGGAGAGUCUAGAGGGCACGAACGAGAUUCCCGAGGUCAAUCUAGAUACCGGGGCCAUACUUGAGAACGUUGAAUUUUGGCUUGGUGCUCGAAGCAUUCUGAGGGAGAGAAUUCUACCCAUGGGUGCCAGAGAUGAGCUUUUAGCUAGGCAAAAGGUCGAGAAGGCGCCCGCGGGACUCGGGGGCGCAGGAGGGAGUAAACUAGAGGAAAUCGUCGUCGCGGAAUUGAUGGGAAUCAGGGAUAUUCUCAGUGGUGGUGCAGACUCUUGA